AUGGCUCAAUUAAAUCAACAUUCAUUUCAUAAAGAAUAUCCAUCUUAUCUACAACCGGAAACUAUGACAAGAGAAUUUUCAAAAUCGAAAAUAUGGACGAGCGGAAGAAUUCGAAUUGAGAUUUUUUUUUUCAUAAAUUUUGUCACUUUUUCUUAUUUCAUAGGUCCUGUUAUUCUCGCUGAUCUCAUCGUUUUCUUUUUUGCUGAUCCCAUUCAUUCAUUUGUAUCACACCCCUCAUUUUCGUUCCGAUUUCCUAUUUCUACAUUUUAA